UUUCAAGCCGAGAAGAAGGCUCUGUUUUGAAAAUGGCUGGAGUGAGCGAGUGUUUUAAUAUUGGAAGUGUCGUAGCUUGUAAAACGUGCUAUGAGAAAGAAAUUGAAGGAGAAGUUCUGGCCUUCGACCCUCAAACGAAAAUGCUGAUUUUGAAAUGCCCUGCUUCAAGCGGUCGGCCCUCUCGUAAUGACGUGCACAUGGUUAAUCUUUCUAUGGUCAGUGAUGUUCAGGUUAAAAAAGAAGCAACUGCCCCGCUGGAACCGACCCAGUCUCUGAAUCUUCAAAGAUUAAAUACCAGAGUACGAAAUCAAAUAGAAGAAAAGAGGAGGCUUGUGACAGCGCUUGCAGCUGGUGUGUCUCCAGAAGGCCAGAAAUUAUUCCUCACUAUUACUAAGACUAUUAAUGAAGCAACUUGGCAAGGGCCUGAUAUUGUUGUUUGGGAUACUGUGACUAUUUCACCACCAUAUACCCCUGACAAUGUUAAAGGUCAGGCUGAUAGCAAGGCCUAUUUGCACAUAAGGAAAGUGGUUGAAAAGCACACAAAGGAUAUGGCUGCAGCAGAGGCUUCUUCACGAGUAAGUGGCGCAUCGUCUCCAAGUGGUCAACAGUCGCCCUCUCCUGGCCCUGUGCCCGCAUCUCAACCACCAUUGCAGCAGCAGGCUGCUUCCAAUUAAUAGUGGUACAAGAUUGUGAACAACCAACAAGUGAUUUCCAUGUGUGCAGAGUUGUCCAAAAUGCAGAAAGAUAUCUCAGAAGUGGGAAUUGUGGACUUCUUUGUGUGACUGUUUCCUUCUUCAAGAAAAUGGUCUGUGUAUCCACUCAUAGUAAAUUUUUGGGAUGAAUGCCCUUAUUGACUGUACUCCCCCAUUCAUGUGAUUUUAGUUUAUUCCGGGCCCAUGUUGAGCAAUAGUGGCAAAUGUAAUUCCAAAAUCAUAGGAUAUGUUAGAUAGAAUUGUGUUGUCAUCUCUACUGUUGCGGGUAAUUUGGAAGAUUACCUCUGGUAUUUAAAGCAGAGGGUGGAACUCUUAAUUCAUGUCUUUUCUAAGCACAUGUGAUCUGCAUGUUAGCUUUAUUUCUGUGGCUUCCAGAGGUGGUAAAGUCUCAUCAAUGAAGUGUUGCAGAUUCUUCUUUUUUCUUUCUUUUUUGUUGUUAUUAUUGUUGAGGGAUUAUGUGUGCGAGCCACAUACGCAUACUAAACUUUUGUUUGAGUAUAAGCAACUCUUAACUAAUAAAAUCUCAUUACAAACGAA